ACUGGAUACGAUGGAAUUACAUGAACUUUACUGGACUUGUGAAGGUUAUGUACAGCCAAGACCCUAACGGUGGGAUUCAUCUGUUUGGGAUCCCAGAGAGUUCGCCGCGGCCGUGCCGCCGUGCGUUUGGCGCUGUGCCAGACAGAGUUGCGCGCUUGUGAGCCAGAGGAUUCUGCAGCAGCUGGAUUGGGUUACUCAUCACCUGACGUUUCUUCACGCCGCGCCCCAUCCUCAACGGGAGGAUCUGCAAUCCGCAUCAAGAUGAGGGUUUUUUGGUUGUCGCUAGCAGUCACGUUACUUACAACUGUUAACUCUAAAGUUCUGAGGUCGGAGACGGUGGACCAGUUCAGCACCCUCCGGCUUGACUGUGACGUUUCGGAGUAUGGCCAGCUGGUGGACCAGGGACAGAUAAACAUUAGUUGGGAGGCCAUGGGCAAGGAUGUGGUCAGCUAUAAUGGUAGCAGUUUCCGCUAUGGCCCCCUGUUUGCAGACAGGGUGUCUGCCUUCUGGGACUCUUCAGGGAAUUUUUCUGCAGUCCUGAGCCCCGUGGUGUUGAGUGAUUCAGAUGUCUAUGAGUGCCUGGUGGAUGGCAAGAAGAGCCUCUCUACGGUCCUCAUCACAGUUGAAAGAGAAAAAAGUGGAGGAUUGGAAUUGGACACCGUUCUGGCCAUUAACAAGAAUGCUAAUGUCACGUUGAACUGUUACGGUAAGAUUUCCAAGUCUUCAGCACUGGAUAAAGUCAGCAUUUACUGGAGGAAAGAAAGAGAGGUCAUCUACAGUGCCAUUGAUGGAAUCCCGCCAAAUCCGCCAAGCUUCUGGUACAAGAACCUAUUCCUGGAUGAAAGCAGAGUUCAUACAUAUGGUGACCUCUCCCUACGCAUUUUUAAUGCGUCUGUUGAAGAUUCAGGGAUCUAUACAUGCUCGUACAACAACAAAAACUUUUUUGCCGAAGAGGAUGCGGCCAAAGUCUUCUUUUUUGUGAGAGACUCUUCAAUAGUUGAAGACAGUUCAGGCACUACUGCUAAGGAGACUUGGUAUCCAGACACCACUGCUGAGCCUACCACUGUCGAGCCUACCACUGCUGAACCUGAAAGCCCUACUGAAGUCACCACUAGUCUACCUGAAAAGGAGCUCUGGCCAGCCCUAGCGACACUCCAGGCAUCAACCACUGCAGCCCCUCAGCGACAGACGUUUGAAGAAGCUUAUGAAGAUUGGAACACAUUACCUCCAGAAGCUUGGGGCACAUUUCCUCCAGAAACCAGCGAUGAUGUGAUUGCGGAAGAAGAGACUGGCCCUGUUGUGCCGUGGGUUCUCAUUGGAAUCAUCAGUGGAGUUCUGAUUCUAACUGUUCUCAUUCUGGGACCACUAGUAGCCAUGGGCAAGAUUUAAUUCAUAUGAACGAUUGUGAGGCGAUAAGAUGAUCAAAGUUAUGCAAAAAUCACACAUCAUGCUGAGAAUGUGCCCAGGAAACCCUGUGAUCUUUAUCAGUUUUUUCCUUCUGCCCAAUUUGUAGAUCAGGACAAUAUAAAUGUGGCCUUUUUUUCCCCCUUAAAAGUCAGAAAAGAUAAAGUCUUGAAUGCCAUACCCCCAAAAAUUGCUGUUGCCGUUUUGAGACUUGACUGGUUCGAACCUGACAGGGAAAUACUGCCUGGGAGUAAGUCUAAGGGUGCAUUCUAAUAUGCAGACUCCCGUCCUCCCUUGCAUGCUGGUGGCCUCGCGAUGACAUCAAGAACAACAGAAAUGUAUUUCAAUACCUUGCAAAAGCGCAAUUCUAAUGUAAUUCUCUCAUUUGCAGUCGGUAUGGUGAAUGAAGAAUAGUCUACCACAAGCUAGGCUAACAGCAGGUAAACUUAAUAUUCUCCAUGG